AUGGUUUCGUUUCGUUCUUCAUGGCUUCUGGCCAUAGCAUCUCUCACUCAGUAUGUGGCUGGACAGCAAUCCGCACCUACUUCUUUGACCGACGCAAACACCGGCAUCAUCUUCGACACAUGGAAAGCACCUAGCAUGACCUUUGGUUUCACUUUCCCUGCAGAUGGACAGACCACCAACGCCGAUGAGUUCAUUGGAUAUCUUGUAAGCAAAAGCACCGGAUGGUGCGGUCUCUCCUAUGGUGGAUCCAUGACAAACUCCCUUUUGCUCUUUGCCUACCCUCACGAUGGUGAAAUUCUCACCACCUUCCAUUGGGCUAGCGCACAGGUCGAGCCAGUCCAAUACAAGGGCAAAGCCACUCUGACUCAGAUCUCUUCCAAGAUCACUGAUGAUGGCUUCACUCUUAUCUACCGCUGCCAGGGAUGUACUUCCUGGUCCCAAGACGGCAGCUCCGGUCGAUUGGCGACUACCUCUACCGUCGCCGUUCUUGGUUGGGCACACAGUCUCACGAAUGCGAUAAACCCUGAGUGUCCCGCUGAGGCCCGCAUGCUUCAGCAUGAAACCCAGAGCAUCUUCGGUGGCCAACUUACCAGCAACGCCUUCAAUUCCAAGUAUGCUGAUUGGGCUAAGCUUGCCACCAAGGUUGUCAAGGGCGACUGCGACGGUAGUGAACCUACUGCCACUGCCACCGGUGAGCCUACUCCCACAGCUGAACCCACCGGUAAUCCCGUCCCCAACGAGACGUACGAUUACGUUGUCGUUGGUGGUGGUGCUGGCGGUCUCCCCAUCGCCGACCGUCUCAGCGAGGCUGGCAAGAAGGUUCUUCUCAUCGAGAAGGGUCCUCCAUCAACUGGUCGCUGGGGAGGUACCCGUAAACCAGACUGGCUCAAGGGCACGGACCUGACUCGCUUCGAUGUUCCUGGUCUAUGUAACCAGCUUUGGGUCGACUCUGCCGGUAUUGCCUGCCCUGACACCGAUCAGAUGGCCGGAUGUGUUCUCGGUGGCGGUACCGCAGUUAACGCUGGUCUCUGGUGGCGUCCCACCCCAGAGGAUUGGGACUACAACUUCCCCGAUGGCUGGAAGGCUAAGGACAUGGCCAAGUACGAACAGCGUGUCUUCUCUCGCAUUCCUGGUACAAUGGUCCCAUCUAUGGAUGGUAAGCUCUACCUUGACCAGGGUUUCAAGGUUGUCGCUGGAGCACUCAACAAGGCUGGUUGGGGUGAAGUCAACGCUCUUAAGGAGCCAACCGCAAAGAACCAUACUUAUACACACCCACCCUUCAUGUUCUCCGGAGGUGAACGUGGGGGCCCUCUUGCUACCUAUCUCGUCUCCGCCUCCAAGCGCAACAACUUCAAGUUAUGGACCAACACCCAGGUCAGGCGUCUCGUUCGCUCUGGUGGUCACGUUACCGGCCUUGAGGUCGAGCCCUUUGCUGGGUCUGGCUAUGCUGGUACUGUCAAGCUCACUCCCGAGACUGGUCGUGUGAUCCUUGCAGCUGGCACUUUUGGUAGUGCCAAGAUUCUCCUUCGCAGUGGUAUCGGCCCAGAGGACCAGCUCGACAUUGUCUCCAAGUCCAGCCGCGAUGGCAGCUCCAUGAUCAAAAAGGACCAGUGGAUUAACCUCCCUGUCGGCUACAAUCUCGAGGACCACACCAACACCGACGCCGUUAUCAAGCACCCUGACGUUGUGUUCUAUGACUUCUACGAGGCCUGGGAUACCCCUAACGCUGGUGAUAAGAGCAAAUACCUGGAUGCGCGCUCCGGCAUUCUCGCCCAAGCUGCUCCCAACAUUGGUCCAAUCAUCUUUGACGAGAUUCGUGGUGCUGAUAACCGCGUCCGCUCCAUGCAGUGGACGGCUCAUAUGAGACAAGCCCUAACUCGUGCAUCAGAGGCCAUGACUCUUAGCCAGUACCUCGGCCGUGGUGCAAAGUCGCGUGGCCGUAUGACCAUCACCAGUGCCCUCAACACCGUCGUCUCCGGUAACCCCUUCCUCAACGACCCCGAAGACAAAAAGGCUGUUGUGAAAGCCCUUGACAACCUUCGUAAAGCUCUUUCUGGCGUGAAGGAUCUCGUGUGGCUCCAACCCGCUCCUAGUGUCAGCUCGCAGCAAUACAUGGUCGUCUCGUGGAGUAACCGUCGCGCCAACCACUGGAUUGGAACUAACAAGAUGGGCAAGGAUGACGGUCGCCAGGGUGGUACUGCUGUCGUUGAUCUUAACACCAAGGUCUACGGCACGGACAACCUCUUCAUCACUGAUGCAUCCAUCUUCCCUGGUAUGGUCACCACUAACCCUAGUGCCUACUUUGUCACCGCUUCCGAGAAGGCCAGUGAUGCCAUCCUUGCCCUUCCUGUCUCCAAGGCCCAGGAACCGUACAAGCAGUGUGGUGGCACUGAGUGGAAUGGUAGCAUGCAGUGUGGCAAGGGAUACUACUGCAAGGCUCUGAACCCCUUCUACGGAUAG